AUGAAUUGGACGGACCCAUCAUUAACGUGGAACCCAAAAAACUAUGGAAAUACGGAUAUUUUACGUGUCCCCUCUGCUGACAUUUGGAUCCCAUGGGUUUAUGUUCUUAAUAGUGUAGAUGCCUUUGAACCAAUUGGAAAGGACGCAACUUUUCUCGCUACGAUUUGUUCGAAUGGAAGUGUGACAGAUGCACCCGGAGCAAUUAUAAAAUCAAACUGUCCCACGGAUAUGUCCAAAUUCCCAUUUGAUGUUCAAACAUGCACACUAAAAUUCAUUAUGUGGAGUGCCGGGCCUGCUUUCAAGCUUACAUCUAACUCGGAUGAACUUUUGAUGGACUUCUUUACCCCAAACGCGCAUUGGAACCUUGUGAAUCAUAAAGCAUACAUUGUCCAAGAUAAGGGAAUGUAUACAUACAACAUAGAUGUAUGUAUACAGAGGAAACCUCUAUACUUCACCAUCAUUAUAAUUUUACCUAUACUGUUAUUAUGUUUACUGAAUCCGUUAGUAUUUACAUUUCCAAUAGAAUCUGGCGAAAGGAUGGGACUUGCGAUCACGAUUUUUAUGAGAAUUGGUGGAAAGGAGAAUCCUGCUGUUAUAGAAAUUAGAUUGAGUCCUGUCCUGCUAAAACAAGUUAAAAAGAUUCUUGACCAUUUACAAGAACAAGACGAGAAAGAAACUGAACAGGAGGAAGUUAUCCCAAGGAAUAUAAGAGAGCAGAUAAAAGAACAAUUAGAAGACUGGGAAAAGAAAGAUAAGAUGUUUGUCUCUACCAGAGCCAGUAAUUAUGUCAUGGAAUGUGUACAGGACAACAAUUGUGUGACUUUAACUGCCCCAGCAGGAGUUGGAAAAUCUUUUAUCUGUAGACAUACAGCACUUGUUUUACAGAAGAAAGGAUACAAAAUAAUACUGGUGUAUGCCCCAACAGAUAUAAGAGAUUAUUAUCAGCCUGGUAAACAGACAGUCUUCAUUGUAGAUGAUAUUUGUGGAAAUUACACUGCUAACCAACAACAGAUUGAUAACUGGAAACAACUGUUACCUGUGAUUAACAAGAUUAUUGCAGACAAAUGUUGUAAGAUUAUUGUAUCUUGUAGGUUACAAGUUUAUAAGGAUGAGAAGUUUAAGAUAUUACCACCAUUUAAAUCUUGUGAAUGUAACUUGAUAUCAGAUGAAUUAUGUCUUACAUCUGAUGAGAAAACAACUAUAGCAAAAACAUAUAUUAGUACAAAUGUAAAAGAUAUUGAUGAUUUAUCGCAAAAUAGUGAUUUUUUUCCACUUUUAUGCUCCUUAUAUGUUGAAACAAAGAAUUCAGAUAUGAAAGAAUUUUUCAGAAAUCCAUUUGUUGUCUAUAAAGAUGAGCUAGACAAGUUAAGUGAGGCUGGCGAUGAAGGGAACUAUAAAAUAUGUAGUCUUGCUUUAUGUGUUCUCUUUAAUAAUCAGCUAGAAGAAAAAUGGUUUCAGGGUAAAGUAACUGAUGAACAACGACAGAUCAUAAAUGACACAUGUGAGGCUUGUGAAUUCAUUGGUAUACCAAAGGCAAAACUAAAGAAAGCACUUGACACCCUAGAUGGUACAUUUAUAUGUAAACAGAAUGGUAUUUAUAGAACUGUACAUGAUAAACUGUUUGACUUCCUUGCUCAUUACUUUGGUCAGAAAAUGAUUGAAUGUUUAAUAGAUCAUGGUGAUAGUGGUUUACUGCAUGAACGCUUUAUGUGGAGAAAAUCACCAGAUGACAUGGACAGUAACAUAGACUUCAUCAUUGAAAUAAAAGAUGAUGAUUUAAAAUCAUAUUUAGAAAGGUUUAUUAAGGACUGGUCAGCAGGAAAGGUGUCAGAUGUGUUUGAUAACACUAAUAUGAAGGUAUCAUCAUUCAGACAACAGUUAUUACAGUACUUAUUACAACUGGACAAAUCACAACAAGUAACAUUAGCCCACACCAGGGAUACAGUGAGACCAAAGGAGGAGUUUGGAUCAGGUAAUACUCCACUAAUAGAUACUUGUUAUGAAGGUUAUCAUGAUAUGGUACAGUGGAUACUACAUAAUGAUGUGGAUGCGAAUAAGUGUAAAGAUGAUGGGAAUACUGGACUGAUCAUGGCAAGUCAGGAAGGACAUACUGAAAUAGUAAAGUUACUAUUAGAGAUGAAUCCUAAUGUUGAUCUAUGUAGCAACAAUGGCUGGAGUCCUCUGAAUACAGCAAGUCAGGAAGGACAUACUGACAUAGUAAAGUUACUAUUAGAGAAGAAUCCUAAUGUUGAUCUAUGUAACAACAAUGGCUGGAGUCCUCUGAAUAAAGCAAGUCUGAAAGGACAUACUGAAAUAGUAAAGUUACUAUUAGAGAAGAAUCCUAAUGUUGAUCUAUGUAACAAUAAUGGCUGGAGUCCUCUGUAUACAGCAAGUGAUGAAGGACAUACUGAAAUAGUAAAGUUACUAUUAGAGAAGAAUCCUAAUGUUGAUCUAUGUAACAAUAAUGGCUGGAGUCCUCUGAAUACAGCAAGUAAUGAAGGACAUACUGAUAUAGUAAAGUUACUAUUAGAGAAGAAUCCUAAUGUUGAUCUAUGUAACAACAAUGGCUGGAGUCCUCUGAAUAAAGCAAGUAAUGAAGGACAUACUGAAAUAGUAAAGUUACUAUUAGAGAAGAAUCCUAAUGUUGAUCUAUGUAACAAUGAUGGCUGGAGUCCUCUGAAUACAGCAAGUCUGAAAGGACAUACUGAAUUGGUAAAGUUACUAUUAGAGAAGAAUCCUAAUGUUGAUCUAUGUAACAAUGAUGGCUGGAGUCCUCUGAAUACAGCAAGUCUGAAAGGACAUACUGAAAUAGUAAAGUUACUAUUAGAGAAGAAUCCUAAUGUUGAUCUAUGUAACAACAAUUGCUGGAGUCCUCUGAAUACAGCAAGUAAUGAAGGACAUACUGAAAUAGUAAAGUUACUAUUAGAGAAGAAUCCUAAUGUUGAUCUAUGUAACAAUGAUGGCUGGAGUCCUCUGAAUACAGCAAGUGAUGAAGGACAUACUGAAAUAGUAAAGUUACUAUUAGAGAAGAAUCCUAAUGUUGAUCUAUGUAACAACAAUGGCUGGAGUCCUCUGAAUACAGCAAGUCAGGAAGGACAUACUGACAUAGUAAAGUUACUAUUAGAGAAGAAUCCUAAUGUUGAUCUAUGUAACAACAAUGGCUGGAGUCCUCUGAAUAAAGCAAGUAAUGAAGGACAUACUGAAAUAGUAAAGUUACUAUUAGAGAAGAAUCCUAAUGUUGAUCUAUGUAACAAUGAUGGCUGGAGUCCUCUGAAUACAGCAAGUCUGAAAGGACAUACUGACAUAGUAAAGUUACUAUUAGAGAAGAAUCCUAAUGUUGAUCUAUGUAACAACAAUGGCUUUACACCAUUGAUCUCCUCGUGUAUCAAUAACCACACCAGUAUAGUCCAGCUAUUAAUUAAACAUAAACCAAACAUUAAUGCCCAGACCUAUGAUGGUGGUAAUGCUUUAUAUUUCAGUGCAUUUAAUGGAAACCUAGAGAUAACACAGUUACUGUUAGAGAACAAUGCUGACUGUAAUAUCUGUAUCCAUAGUAAACAGUCUAUAUUAGAUAUAUUAAAUAACCAUCCAAGUAAAACAUUGGACGAAGUAAAAAAAGAAUUAUUUGAUAGCCUGGUAAAGAAUACAUCUUCACAUGUAACAGAUUAUGUCAGUAAGAAGUCAGUAGAUUAUGCCUUUGAUGUAGUAGCUGGUUCUUCUCCUUUACACAUAGCCAGUUAUAAGGGUAGGACAGAUGUAGUCAAUUGUCUUCUUGACCACAAUGCUAACAUCAACAUGACAAAAGAAGAUGGAACAACACCAUUAUUUUAUGCAUGUGAAGUAGGACAUGAGGAUAUUGUACGUUUAUUGUUAGAUAAAGGUGCAGAUACACAGAUAUGUAGACUUGAUGGGAAAUCCCCUUUAAAGAUUGCAACAGAUAAUGGACAUACAUCUAUAGUAAUGAUGGUUCUAAAUUGUAUUGAUUAUGACAUACCAUAA